CAAUCGAUUAAGGAGGAAUUCCCAAGAUCGAACUCACUGUAUUCUGAUGAACCAUUAAUGGGUAUUCCUCAGCCAUUGGAGGGGCUCCAUGAAAUAGCCCCUCCACCUUUCCUUAACAAAACUUAUGAACUUGUUGAUGAUCCAAACACGGACGAUGUCGUUUCUUGGAGUAGAGGUAACAACAGUUUCAUUGUUUGGGAUCCCCAAGCCUUUGCCAUGAAUCUUCUUCCUAGGUACUUCAAACACAACAAUUUCUCAAGCUUUGUCCGACAGCUUAACACUUACGGAUUUAGGAAGGUUGAUCCCGACAAAUGCGAGUUUGCUAAUGAAGGGUUUUUGAGGGGUCAAAGACAUCUUUUGAAAAAUAUUAGGAGAAAAACAUCAUCUAAUCCUCAAGCUUCACAUCAAGGUUUCGAUUCGUAUGUUGAAGUGGGAAAGUUUGGAUUGGAUGGAGAAAUUGAUCAGUUAAGGCGCGAUAAACAGAUUUUAACCGUGGAAUUGAUGAAACUCAGACAACAGCAGCAGAAUAUUAAUGCAUACCUUAAAACAAUGGAACAAAAGUUAAAAGAGACAGAAAUGAAACAACAACAAAUGAUGAGUUUCUUGGCAAAGGCAAUUCAAAAUCCUAAUUUUCUACAACAGGUAGUCCAACAGAAGGAUAGAAGAAAAGAACUUGAGGAGGCAAUUUGUAAGAAGAGAAGGAAGAGAAUUGAUCAUGGUCGAGUCCAAGUUGGUGAAGAAACAAGUACUUUCAUUGACAAUGUUGAAUUACUCGAUAGAGAUGAAGGUAACAUUUUUAUUAAAUCUCAAGAAUAUGGUGAUAUUAUUGGAGAACCAAGUGGAGUCUCAAUAAAUAUGGGGGAAGAACAUUUUCAGAAAAAUUAUGACAUAGAAAAUCAAGAAAAUGCAGAUAAUUCCUUUGAUGUAGGAUUUUGGGAAGAUUUUAUAAAUGAGUGUAUUGAUGGUAAGAUUAAGACAUUUGUUGAUGAGGGAGAAGUUGAAGAGGAUGCAGAUGUUUUAGCUGAGCAGCUCGGUUUCUUGAUUCCUGGCCCUAUAUAGAAAUUUGACUCCUUUUAUUGGACGUUGGUCAAGUGCAUUGGAUAUGAUUAGAUGCGAUCAAGGAAGAAAAAGUGUAGUGUCCAAUCCUAUACAAUACAGCGUUUUUAAACAUACCUUAAACUUCUGGGCUAUAAUGACUUGGUCGAAGCCUCAUAAACUUGGUUUGAUUAUCUAUUUGAUG